AUGCUCCUUCGCCGCGCGAUGCGCCUCGGCGUGCCGCGCGCGCUCGGCGUGCGCGCGCUCUCGGUGCCGGCCAUGCCGCCGACGCUCGCGGCGCUGCGCCGCGACGCCGAGCGCGUGCUGGACGAGGGGCGCGAGCUCACACAGCCGCCCGUCACCGCGCACGGCUGGGUCGUCUCGGCCCGGCGGCAGAAGACCCGCACGUUCCUCGAGGUGGACGACGGCACUCUCGGCGGCGACGCCACCCUGCAAGUCGUGCUGAGUGGCGACGUGCGCGACGUUACGCCAGGGCAGGCAGUGUGCCUGCAUGGCGCCAUGAAGCCUGGGCGCGGCCAGCGGCGCAGCCAGCGCGUCGAGCUGCAUGCAGACAGCGUCGACGUGCUUGCCGACUGCGACCUCGCGACGUACCCCCUCGCCAAUGUGAUGCAGCGGCACGCGCAGCCGCACGACUCGGCCAUCGUGGAUAUUGUGCGCCGCGAAUCGCACCUCAAGGCACGGACGCCGCGCUUCGCGGCCAUAGCCCGGACGCGCGCGCGCAUGGAGCUCGCGAUCGCUACGUGGUUCGGGGAGAACGACUUCUGCAAGGUCGCCCCGCCGAUCAUUACCGCGUCGGACUGUGAGGGCGGCGGCGAAAUCUUCCGCGUCGUCGCCGACGCCGACGUGCGCCAGCGCGACGGCCUGGCGGCCUUCUGGUCCGGCCACGACGCGUACCUCACAGUGUCGACGCAGCUGCACCUCGAGGCGUUCGCACUCGGCCUCUCGCGCGUGUGGACGCUGUGCCCCGUCUUCCGCGCCGAGGGCUCCGCGACGAACCGGCACCUCGCCGAAUUUUGGAUGUGCGAGGCAGAGUUCUGCUGGCUCCCGCCGGGCGCCGCCGGGCUGCAUCGCGUGCUGGACUGUACAGAGCACAUGCUGAAGCGCGCCUUGCACGCCGCCUGGGACGGCGAGCGCGCGCACGACGACAUGGCGUUCCUCGGCGCCGAGGCCCACGCUGCAUGGCUCACGCAGCCGUGGCCGCGCAUAUCGUACACCGAGGCAGUGCGUCUCCUGCGCGAGCGCCAUGCGGCGCCCCCUGCGUGGGGCGACUCGCUGCGCUCCGAGCAUGAGCGCUGGCUCGCGGAUCACUUUGCGUCGCCCGUCUUUGCGCCACGGAGGCCACCGUGGCGUGCUUCGACCUACUCGCCCCCGGCGUCGGUGAGCUGGUAG